GCCUGGAAUACGGGAAAAGAUCGGAAAAACCCUUAAAAGUCGGGUUAUUAUGGUACCCCGACGGGGUGCCCUCCAGUAAAGUAUUUACACAAUAGCUGCCAACAGCUGGAUUGCCUAUCUAGGUAGGUUUUUACACUGAGUACACUGAGUUCGGCACAAGAUUUACGUAACAUAUUAAAGAUUCACUUCCAAAUCUCUAACGAGUUAAUAGCCUCUGCUUAAGCUGGUACCUAUGAUCUCUGAACAUAAGACAUCCAAUAGUUAUAGGUCAAGACGACAAAUAUAAGGCAAGGAGAUCUAAACGGGAAUCGGAAAGAUGCUAGAACGAUAUCACCUAUCAUGGUCUAUUACGACGAUGAAAAGACAUAAUUUCCGGGGAUGCUUCACGUAUUUGGUUUUACCUUUUCCGGUACCAUGAUUGUACGUCAAUGGUUCGUGUGGGAUGGGCAUAAGAUGCUUCGAUAUAGGUAUAGCUCAGGGGGGAAAGAGGACCGACCCACGUGAUAAUUAUACAGAAAUCGACAGGGGAUGAGGGGACUCUUUUUUCAUAUUUCAUAUUCACGAGCCAACCACAUCUACCUUGACAACUUCAUGGCUCUCCCACAUUUUACCUUUCCCACAUCCCACAUCCCGAUACCUUAACCUUAAUCACCCAUACUGUCAAACAUCUUCCCUAACUAAUACGCCUUGCAUUACGCCAUGCUCGAGGACGGAUCCGUGCAAGACGUGGUCCUGGUGACCCAGCUACCAUCGGACUCAUGGUUUGAAGGGUUCGCUCUGCGCCCCAAUGGCAAAAUCCUCACUUCCCGACUAGACGAGCCGGAGCUAUACACAUUUUAUGCGGAGGACCCGGACUCAACACCGGAGCUAAUAUACAAUUUCGAAGAGCACGCCAAUGGCUUAAUCAACGUGUGCCCAUUACCGGGCGGCCACGACACUUACCUCGUCCUAUCGGCUAUCGUCGACCUAGUUAACAUAACAUUCGAGGAAUUUAUCGUAUGGCGCGUGCAGCUUAGCCCCGACGACAGCAGUCCGCCCGAGGUGACAAAAGUGUGCGACAUUCAAAACACGGGCUUUUCGAUUGGCCUCAUCCCAGUUACAGAACGCAUAUUCUUAGUACCGGAUUCGUUUAAGAAUUGUAUCUGGCGCUUAGACAUACAGACGGCCGAGGUGUCCUUAUUUGUCGCCGACGAUACUAUGAAGGCUCCUCCCGGCGAGGGCAAUUUCUUCGGCCUGAACCGAAUGCGCAUCACCAAGGAAUUCCUAUGGUUUACGAAUACGAGUGCCGGUAUGCUAUGUCGUAUACCGAUUGAGCUCGACGAGUCGGAGGGUAUUCGCACGACAGGGGGCGUGCAGAUAGUGGCGGACGACAUUCCUCACUGCGACGGAUUGACCCUGUCGCGAGAUCAAACUUCCGUUUACACGGUCAGCUAUAUGGAUGGGCACGUAUGGAAAGUCAGCGUCGACCCCGAAACGGGCAAGGCCACGACGAGUGUUGUUAUGCGAAGCCUAGCAUCGCCGACAGCAGUCGAAUUAUACUACUUCGACGACAAACCAAAGAUGUACAUCGUGUGCUGCGGAGAGAUCGAGAUGAACUGGUUCGUGCAAGAUAGCCAAAACCCUUGGAGUGCGAUCGCGAACAUCAACUCGGCAGUGACCGUAACUGCGGUUACGGUGGAGGAGACGAUCGAGUAGGCUUGUGGAUGGCGCAUCUGGGAGGGAACCGGUGUUCGAUUUGGUUUUGCAUGCUAGCGCGCAUCUAUGAUCUAUGUAAUGACUAGCCUUACAUUUUACUUAUACCCCUGUGGCGUGUCCUAACUACUCAUACGCACAUUACAAGAUAGCAUCUAAUGAAGAAGAAAAGAAAUCUUCAGAUUCAAAUCCACAAGUCC